AUGAGGAGAGUGGGGAAGUACGAGGUUGGUCGCACGAUAGGUGAAGGCACUUUUGCAAAGGUUAAGUUUGCGAGGAACACAGAAACUGGAGAAAACGUAGCCAUCAAAAUUCUGGCUAAGAGUACAAUACUCAAGCACAGAAUGGUUGAUCAGAUAAAAAGAGAGAUAUCGAUAAUGAAGAUUGUUCGACACCCUAACAUAGUGAGGUUGUAUGAGGUCUUGGCAAGUCCAUCAAAAAUAUAUAUCGUUUUGGAGUUUGUGACAGGAGGAGAGCUCUUUGAUAGAAUUGUUCAUAAAGGGAGACUAGAAGAAAGUGAGUCUCGCAAAUACUUUCAACAGCUAAUAGAUGCUAUUGCUCAUUGUCACUUCAAGGGUGUUUACCACCGUGACCUUAAACCAGAGAAUCUCUUACUUGAUAUUAAUGGAAACCUCAAGGUUUCGGAUUUCGGACUCAGUGCCUUGCCUCAGCAAGGAGUUGAACUUUUACGCACCACAUGUGGAACUCCGAACUAUGUAGCUCCUGAGGUACUUAGUGGCCAAGGUUAUGAUGGUUCAGCAGCAGAUGUUUGGUCUUGCGGUGUUAUUCUCUUCGUUAUAAUGGCUGGCUUCUUACCCUUUUCUGAGACAGAUCUUCCUGCAUUGUACAGAAAAAUAAAUGCAGCAGAGUUCUCUUGUCCACCGUGGUUUUCUAAAGAAGUGAAGUCUUUAAUACAUAGGAUACUUGAUCCCAACCCCAAAACACGUAUUCAAAUUCAAGGGAUUAGGAAAGAUCCUUGGUUCAAAUCAAAUUAUGUGCCUACCCGAACAAGGGAAGAGGACGAAGUGAACUUGGAUGAUAUUCGUGCAGUUUUUGAUGGAAUUGAGGGAAGUUAUGUAGCUGAGAAUGUAGAGAGAAAAGAUGAGGGGCCAUUGAUGAUGAAUGCCUUUGAGAUGAUAACCUUAUCACAAGGCUUAAACUUAUCAGCACUAUUUGACCGGCGACAGGAUUUUGUGAAAAGGCAGACCCGUUUUGUUUCUCGAAGGGCCCCUAGUGUGAUAAUUGCUAACAUCGAGGCUGCUGCAACCUCAAUGGGUUUUAAGGCUCAGACACGCAACUUCAAGACAAGACUCGAGGCAGGGCAAUUCGCUGUUGUGAUAGAGAUUUACGAGGUGGCACCAUCGCUGUUCAUGGUAGACGCGAGAAAGGCUGCUGGUGAAACUCUUGAAUAUCACAAGUUCUACAAGAAGUUAUGUGGAAAACUGGAAAACAUAAUAUGGAGAGCAACGGAAGGAAUGCCAAAGUCAGAGAUUCUCAGAACAAUCACGUUUUGA